AUGAGUGCCCAGCAAAGUGGCGAUGGUGUCGACAUGGACGCCGAGUUGGCGCAACUUCUGCUCGAGCAGGAGCAGUUCUUAAACCAAAAGAAGCAGCCAUCAGCUAAAGUAUCUCGCCGCGAAGGUCCACCCAAAGUUUCGUCGUCUAAAACCUCGGAAAAGGCCUCCGAAUCGGCCCCGGAUGAGGGUCCGCAGGUUCUUAAGGGUGUCGUGGAGCGGCAGGUGAAGCCUGCGGGUCAGCAGAGCUUCGUAUUCGCCCCCAACCCUUCCGGCUUCCCCGCCGUUAAUUGUCGGGGUCCCGGUCAAAGCCUCUUUGGUCGCAGACGCCGCGAAGCGAAGGCGAAAGAGCAGGAACAGCAACAGGAGACACCUUUCGAUCAUGAGAGCAGGGACAUCGAUGCAGCCAACAGAGCCAAACUACAGGAGAUGAGCUCUCAGGAGAUCAUGGAGGCACAGCAAGAGCUACUGAGGACGCUGGACCCAGAGCUAGUCGAGAAGCUAAAGAAUAGGAAGAAAAAAGAGAAGAAAAUGGGGAGGAACUCUGUCCAGACAGUGAACAAGGUCGCCAUUGGGCAGUCGAUACGAAAACGUGACGAGGAAGACGAACAGCUUCAGAAAGAGGAGAUGAUCAAGAGUUUGGCUGCAGUUAAGACCGAGCAAGAGCUCAAAGAACAAGCCAAGCUUCUGUCGGUCGAGGAACGGGCCAAACUCGACUGGACGCAGACCUCCAAGAAGAGCGAGAAACCUGCUACCGGUCACAGCAAGAAGAUCGCUCGUCCGGUGGCCGAAGACGCGACGUUGGAACGGUUUGACUUGGACGGGAAGAGCCUCCAAAAGACGGACGCGGAGUUGCCCGUGCACUCGGGACUUUUCCACCACGGCGACGACCCAGAAGCUGCAGGUUAUACAGUGCCAGAGCUGUUGCAUCUCGCUCGCAGCUCUGUGGCCAGUCAGCGUGCGAUGGCUCUCAACGUCGUGGCAAAGAUAUUGCACAACCGACAGCUACAGGAGCGCGCAGGUCUUCUUGUGACGCCUCGAGUGCUGCCUCGUGACCUGGCGAUGACGCUUCGGAUUGUACUGGACGAUCAGAACUACACGGCGUUGAGCGCUGCUGUGUCUGCGCUACACGCGUUUGUUGUGCCUGUGGACGACGAUGAAGAGUUUGUAUCCGAGCUCAAGUACGGUACUGUCGUGCUUCCCCCCACAGUACACUUGCACCGUAAUGACGUCACAAAGAGCAAAAGUCACUCAAACGAGGUAAACGAAGUGGUCUACAUCGACACCACUGAAGCCGACGAUGGAACUAGCAUCAGUGACGACGAAUUGGCGGCCUUGGACCCGGUGCAGGCACUUGUGAGCAUGGAUCUGGCCACACGACUGCGGUACAUCCUCGAGAGCAUCCAGCUACCGGACCAAGACGCCACCGAAAAGAUGCUGGACAUUUUACGUGCUGUGGCUCGUCACUCUCCACGCGCAGCUCACGACAUGAGCUCGAACGCGAGGCUCCUCAAGCUACUGCAACAGCAAUAUAUCGAGAGCGAGCAGGUGUUAACAUUCCAAGAAGGCAACACCCGAUCGCUCCAGCUGUCACUGAAAGCCCUGCAACUUGUGCGCGUGCUCUGUCAAGGCCAGCGCAGUGUGGCGUCUGCGCUCAUUGCCAGUGGCUUGAUCCAGAGCACAAAGGGCUUCUUGGCACUGAAAGAAGUCUCUUGUGGUGACGUGGAGGGGCAAGCGGCGGUGUUAUUUAACCAGAUGCAAGUGGAGAGUCUUCGGAUCUGGCGUGUUCUGCUCGGCUAUGGACUGGACUUCCACUGCUUCGCGUAUCUUUUCCCCGCUCUCUCGGGCUUUAUGCAGGACGGCACGGAUGUCUCGACGGCACGGAAGGCGGCGCUGUUUGCUGCGUUGGAAAGCUUCUGUGGACUCGGAUCUGUGCAUGAGGCGCAGCACUAUUUCAACCAAUUGGGCUUCUUCCUGGAUGCCGCCAAGGAUGAGGCGGUGCGCUGCAUUGCUGCGUUGCUGAAGGAGACAGAAGAUGAUGUUGAGACUGCGGUGCUUCUCUCCACGACGCUGAGAUUCCUCUCUGCUGCUUGUGCUCAUGCUGUUAAGUACACUCUGGAGUCUUCUGGCCUGGUCGAAGUCUUCAAGUUGUUGCAGUCAAGCCGAGAAGUGCUCCCUCGACUUAGUGACACCGCAACGAAACGUGAUCUGCUGUUAUCGAUCGCCGGAUUCCACCGCCAAGUCGUCGCCAACGGGCUCCUACCUGAUGACAUGGACGACGUGGAAGUGGAGCAGACUUUUGGGCGUCACGUGAAGACGCCUCUGCUCGUCGCUGCCACGUCCGCAGUGUCAUCGUCUUCCGCCAAGCUCAGCCACUCUUUGAUCCAAGCCUGCGAGUUCACUCUUGUGUUAGGAGAGCUCAUUGCUGCGGGGCCGAGUGACGUCGUCACCGUCGACUUCGUGCAGCGUGUCUAUCAUCAAGCCUUGAUCCUCGUCGAGCGUCUCAGUGGCGGCACAGAGUUCUUAACAGCUCAGCUAAUCGCCGGCGUGUUGUUCCAUCACCGCACACUGCAGCUCCUCGGUGUGUUCAGCGACGAAGCGGACGCCACGCGCAUGAGUCGCGUGUUGAUUCCUAUCUAUCAGGCUCUCGUGAACGCCCCUCGUGACCAGGAAGCGCACUCGCGGCAGAUCUUCACGGGCGUCUCAAGUGUCAGCAAGUUCUCGUGCCACUUGUAUCUCCCUCUAGAAGAACACACAUACACGCCCAGUAAUCUACCACUGCCCAGUUUCUGGAUGCUCGCUCCGCUCUCACGUAUCGAGUACAGCACUAGAGACGAGAACUCGACGGAUGUGGCCUCCACACGAGCGCACAGUGACGAGAUCAAGGUGAUCGUGAGCGCCACGUGUCGCUUUGUGUUCGAGUUGGAGCGCCUGGCUCCUUCGCCGGCUUCGAUCCCGUCUAUUGCCGAGUUGAGACCGGAAGACAAACUGUUCCACCUGACGCACGUCUUCUUCGCGGGUAGCGACGUGCUGUUUGACGACCACGUGGACGCUGCGCUGCGUCAGCUGCUUCCUACGCUCGUGACGUCCAUUCUGCGCUCGUCAGACUUGUACCAGGGCAUUCUACGGAAUCUGAAACGUGUCCAGAUUCUAGAAUCUGGAAAUGAUUUAGAACCGUCACAGAAUUCGUUCUCGUCAGAUGAGCAACAAGUGCUGACGUUCGUGGAGAAACUGGUGGCGGAAUUCACAGCUUCGUCCUUUGGGAACUCGCACUUUGCACAGCUGUGUGCAACAAGCAAGUGGCGCCUGCUCGGGGGGCUUUUGCCUACUCUGUGGCCAUCCACCACGUCGUAA